ACAGUUUGGCCUCUGGCUUUGUUUCCGCCGUGCUAGACUGGGGUUCGAUCCUCACUCAGGGGUGUGUCUGUUUCCUCUUUCUCGCUUUCUUCCCAGGGCAUGCCACCCAUGAACCAAGCCCCUCGCAUGAUGCACCACAUGCCAGGCCAGCCUCCCUACAUGCCCCCUCCAGGGAUGAUGCCACCGCCCGGAAUGGCGCCUGGCUCCAUCCCUCCUGGGGCGAUGCCCCCGCAACAGAUGAUGCCAGGGCAGAUGGCGCCAGCUCAGCCGCUUUCAGAGAACCCUCCCAACCACAUCUUGUUCCUCACCAACCUGCCUGAGGAGACCAACGAACUGAUGCUGUCCAUGCUUUUCAAUCAGUUCCCCGGCUUCAAGGAGGUGCGGCUGGUGCCCGGUCGCCACGAUAUAGCCUUCGUGGAGUUUGACAAUGAGGUGCAGGCCGGAGCGGCCCGAGACGCCCUCCAGGGAUUCAAGAUCACACAGAACAACGCCAUGAAGAUCUCCUUUGCUAAGAAGUGAUGGCUGUCCCGGCUCUAGAUCCCUGGACGACUCGCCUUCUCUCCCCUUCUAGUUAGUGCCUAAAAUUAUGAGUGGAGUUUCUUGGUGUGUUUGUUCGUUUUGUUUUUUCCACAUUUUGUAUGGUGAGGUAAGUGGUUGUGUCAGGGGUAAUGAAAGAGAGCAUGAAUGUGUGAGAGAAUGUGAACCUCUAUGCUAGCUUCCAAUGCGUGGUGGAGAGACAGCAGCCGAUUCCUUCCAGAAGCAUUGUACCCAGGGUCUGACGGCCAGACAUUGCACCUGGAGCGUUUCUGUUUUCUAAUAAAAGCAGUUGGUUUAUUUUC